UUAGUAAACGCACAAGCGUUCGUUUCUAACUUCUGAGCUAAGAAGAUGGAAGAUUACGUUUUGAAAAUGAAUCUAGCAAUCCCGUCUGCUUUGCUAAUUCUCUGCGCUGUUAUCAGAGUUGUUUAUAUCAUUUGGUGGAGACCCAAAAGCCUCGAGAAGGAAUUGAGGCAGCAGGGAAUCAGAGGCACUUCUUACAAGCUUUUGCAUGGUGACAUGAAAGAGAUGAAGAAGUCCACCAUUGAAGCAUUGUCCAAACCGAUGACGACCCUAAACCACAAGAUCGCACCACGUGUCCUACCAUUCUUUCAUGAAGUGUUUCAAAAAUAUGGAAAAGUUUCUCUGGGUUGGAUGGAAACAAGGCCAAGACUAGUAAUCGCGGACCCAGAGUUAAUCAGGCUGAUAUUAACAGAUAAGAAUGGUGACUUCGUAAGCCCGCCACUGAACCCUCUAGUGAAUAUCCUACAACAGGGAGUGUCGACCUUGGAAGGAGAACACUGGGCAAAGCGCAGAAGGCUCAUCACGCCUGCUUUCCACCUUGAGAAGCUGAAGAGAAUGGUGCCAGCAUUUUCAACAAGCUGUUCUGGCCUGAUUGACCGAUGGAAGAAAACGAUUGGUCCUGUAGGAUCGAGUGAAAUAGAAGUAGCAUCGGAAUUCCAAAAUCUUGCCGGCGAUGUUAUUGCUCGAACAGCCUUUGGAAGCAGCUACGAAGAGGGAAAAAUGAUAUUUGAACUUCAAAAAGAGCAAGGUGCAUUGGUGCUUGAAGCCUAUACCAACAUUUACAUCCCAGGUUUCAGAUUCCUACCCACUAAGAAGAACAAAAGGAGAUAUAGUAUAGAUAACGAGAUCAAAUCAAUAUUACGGAAUAUGAUCGGCACGAAAGAGCAGGCCAUGCGAAACGGAGAGUUUGGCGACAACGAUUUACUGGGCCUACUAUUGCAAUGCAAGGAACAAUCUGAUAGUGGUAUGACAAUGGAUGAUGUAAUAGAGGAGUGCAAGCUGUUCUACUUCGCCGGCCAAGAGACCACCGCCAGCUUGCUCACAUGGACGAUGAUUGUUUUGUCUAUGCAUCCCGAUUGGCAACAAAAGGCAAGAGACGAAGUGCUUCACAUCUCUGCCAAGAGACCACUUGAUUUCGAAGCUAUUAAUCAACUCAAGAUUGUAUCAAUGAUAUUGUAUGAAGUGUUGCGUUUAUACCCACCUCUGACAUGUCUGUACCGACAUACUCGGCGAAGAACCAAUGUAGGAGGCCUAUCCAUUCCGACCGGGGUUGACUUGGCGUUGCCGAUAUUGUUCCUACAUGAUGAUCCAGAUUAUUGGGGCGAAGAUGUUGAGACAUUCAAUCCUGAGAGAUUUUCUGAAGGAGUUCGGAAAGCUUUAAAGGAUCAAAAUGCGUUCUAUCCCUUUGGUUGGGGGCCUAGAAUAUGUCUUGGCCAAACUUUCACCAUGAUUGAAGCAAAGAUGGCUCUCGCAAUGAUUCUUCGGGAUUUUUCCUUUCAACUCUCGCCGUCUUAUACUCAUGCUCCUCGUACUCUCAUUAGUGUUCAGCCACAAUAUGGAGCCCCAAUCAUGGUGCACCGAAUCUAAGAUGCCUGCCUGCCAUUAAGGAGUCAGAAGGAUGGAGAAUUAUCUUUUAUUUUAGUGUUUCUACUGUUUACGUUUGUGUUUUGUUUCAUGUUUACGUUCUGUUUUAAUAUUCAGUCGCGUCUGUUGGUUGUGUUCUAUUAGGAUUCAAUAAGUUGGUAAAUCAUAUAUAUAAGGUGAUGUAAUGUGAAGCUUAUUAUGAUUUUCUUU